GUUCUGCAAAAGAAAAAUAGUGAGAGAAAGGGGUAGAGAGAACCUAGAGAGAGGAGAAGGGAUGAACCGCCGUAAGACUCACCGAAAACUACUGUUGGAGUCUAUUCCGAUGAAGAUCAUGAUGCAGGGAGACUUUCUUGGAAGGGAAAAGAGAAUGUGGGUGGCCAGAGUCCCAUUUUUAUUCAAGAAAUCGGAAAACCCGCAAGGAACAACUCUACGCAUGUUCUGUGAAAAAGUUUGGCCGAGAUCUCAACCUGAAGGCGGAGGUCCGAGAGUCGUCCGAGAAUGGUGCCGGUCGAGGUGGAGGAGCGUUGGAGAGCUGUGCGGUCACAGAGGGGGUCGUUCUGGAGCAUUAGUCCCUUUUCGAUCUUCAGAAAUCCCAUUUGGGGGUGAAGCAGAAUACCAUGACCACGGAGGACUGGAAGCUCAAGGAUCGUCACACCUUAGAGUUGAUCUGGUUGACGCUGUCCAGAAACAUGAUGUUCAACAUUAUCAAAGAGAAGACGACAUCGGGCCUAUUGAAGGUGUUGUCAAAUAUGUACGAAAAUUCGUCCGCUAUGGACAAGGUGUAUUUGAUGCAGAGGUUGUUCAAUCUACAAAUGUCUGA